ACAAUGACCGUCUUCGAUCCGACGACCUUUGUGUUACUGCUCUACUGUGUCGAUCUCUGUGUGUCGCUGUUCGCCAUCGCUUUUGCUGUCCAAUGCUGCAAGAAGAAAAAGAAGACGAAGGAUGUCAAGAGCUCUGUGAAACAACCACCGGGCGACACGAAAUCUGGUAAAACGAAGGAAGGAAAGGACAAACCUGCGGUCAAUAAGUCUAUCGACAAACCUCUACUCCCUGGUGCAGAUGCUGAUGCCAAGUCAAGGACCGAUAAAACCAAGUCAGUUGGGACUGCCGCCACAAAAUCCAAAACUGAAGACGAUGCAAAGACUGCAAAGUCAAAGAUGGGAGAGAAGUCAGGAAUGGCGAAGACUGCGAUACCCUCAGCUUUAGGAGCAGGAAAACCGCCGCAAGGACCAGUGAAGCCAGGUGCACCUCCUGUACCGGCACCUCCUGGGGCACCAGCUGGACCGCCAAAACCUGGAGCGCCGCCACCUUCUGGAGCAAAGCCAUCGACCGUUCCUGGAGCAGCACCACCACCAACUGGAGCAGCACCACCACCCGCAGGAGCAACUCCACCUCCAGAUUCUACAGAAGGCAUCAAAUCAAAGAAGGAAGAUGUCAAAUCGAAGAAGGAAGACGUCAAAUCGAAGAAGGAAGAGCCAGCAAAACCACCUGAAGCGGGCAAGGGAGAGAAAGGCGUGAAGAGUGAUGUUGGACUACGAUCAGAUAAAGCUGCACCCGAUCACAGCGACAAGGAAUCGAGUGGUACGGAGAAGAAGGAGGGAGAAGCAACACCACCUAUCGGUGACGAACCGCCUAAGGAGGAAGACAAGAAAGGCGACGAGGGCGGUGCUGAAAAAGCUGAGAAGGAAGAGAAGGCUGAAGAUAAAGAAGAAGAGAAGGAGGAAAAGGAAGAAAAGGAGGAAGAAUAA